ACCGGUUCACACCACAGAAGAACAGUGUAACAUAGUGAUCAACAUACAACCAGGAGAAUGGGUGUUACAGGUUUUGUUAUCAUCAUAACUAUCGAAUCUGAAUAACGUUUAUAGUCAGUGCGCCCUCCGUCACAUGUCGGAGGUCUUCUGUUGAAGAGCGGGAGCCUGGCGUGAUUCACGUCUUCGCUGGAGUUUGUUAGCGGAGGGCUCGUGGGCUCCAGUGGCGGGCUCGUGGGCUCCAGCCUGAACCCAACACCCUGGUUCACCCGGCGGUCCACAAGCGUGCCUUGUUUAACGUAACUAGGUGGUGAAGGGAGCAGCUCCACGGGGGAUGGAGGACCCUUCCUCCAGGACUGCUCAUGAUGGACCCCCGGGGCAGGUAGCCAGAGGUGGCUCGAAAUCAGGGGGGCCUGCUGCUCAUGGUGGGCCCCCGGGGCAGGCAGCCAGAGGCGGCUCGAACUCAGGGGGGCCUGCUGCUCAUGGUGGACCCCCAGGGCAGGCAGCCAGAGGCGGCUCGGACUCAGAGACGGACGUUACCAGGGAAAUUAAAACACACUUCCGUGUCUGUCGCUUUAUCAUGGAAUCAGGGGUGAAGCUGGGGAUGCGCUCCGUGCCAGUGGCCACGGCCUGUGAGCUGUACCACCGGUUCUUCGAGUGCGUCAGCCUGCGGGUGUACGAGCCCUACCUGGUCGCUAUGAGCUGUGUUUACCUCGCGGGCAAAGUGGAGGAGCAGCACCUCCGGACACGGGACAUCAUCAACGUCAGCCACAGGUAUUUCCACAAUGCUAGUGCGCCCCUGGAGUGCGACCGGGAGUUCUGGGAGCUAAGGGACAGCGUGGUGCAGUGUGAGCUGCUCAUCCUGAGGCAGCUGGACUUCCACGUCUCCUUCAGACAUCCCCACAAGUAUCUGCUCCACUACCUGAUGUCUGUGAAGGCGUUGGUUAACCGGCACGCCUGGACGAGGACGCCCGUGGCGGAGACCGCCUGGGCUCUGCUGAGAGACUGUUACCACGGGGUCAUGUGCAUCCACCACGCUCCCCAACACAUCGCCAUAGCAACACUGUACCUGGCUCUGAACAGCUAUGGAGUGGAGAUGCCCGUCGGAGAGAGAGAGUGGUGGCAGGUGCUAUGUGAGGACGUAACCAAAGAGGACAUCAAUGCUGUCAUUUCUGACCUUCUCCAACUCUACGACAUGGAGGCCAAGUGUGUCUGAAGGGCUGCUGGACCUGCAUCCCCGGGUGUGGGUGCUGGAUGCUGCCCUACUUGGACUUUGGGCUGUGACUGCAUGAGACAUUCUGCUGUUCCUCUCAUUCACCACAUGGUGGUGCUAAUGAUCCUAUAAAGGAUGGGCGUUUCAAAUGUUAGCUUCAGUGUGGACUUCAGAGGGUGAAUGAUGAGUUCACUGUUUAGCUGUCCAGCAAUAAAAAGUGGAUUGAUAAUACAUGAAGUCAAGAUUAUCCCAUAUGUAUUUUAUUUUCCUAGCAAACCAUAUGGAGAUGAACCACAACCAUGUGCUUCUAUGUUGUACAUAUCCGUCCUUGUCAUUAAACUGUAGAGUACGAGUGGCUCGUUUUCUUGCAGGACUCUAAAGGACUGCUUAGUUGGGUGACGUACGGACAAAUUGAAUAUUGUCAAGUAUUUCGUUGUUUUCAUUAAAGAGCUUCUGACAUUUUGUUUUUAAAGGGAGGUGAGGUGAUACAUUAAAGAUGUAUUUCUAACUCUA